CUUAAUAAUUUAUACAGUUAUAGAUAGUUUGUAAAAGUAAAAGUCAAACUUUGGUUGCAUUCAUGUGCCCCUGAUUAUUACUUUCCUAACAAUCCAGCACACAAAAUCUGAGUUAAAUCUAACCCACCUUUCCCACUUUUCUGUUUCAACCCCUCAUUGCCUCUGUAUCUGAAAGGAAAUUAAGAUACACUUGAGUCCUGAUUCCUGAACAUUCCUGAAAGUUUCUCCCCCCCCCCCCCCCCCCAAGUGCAGAUUAGGGAUAAAGAAGAGUCAUGGAGCGUGAUAGCAAAAGCAUCGCAACUCCUUUGUUGGAAUCUCAGUCUUCUAAAAGAGCUUCAAAGCUUCAAACUUUGGGCAAUAUCAUAGUCACUGUAGUUGGAACUGGGGUUUUGGGAUUGCCCUAUGCGUUUAAGAUUGCUGGAUGGGUUGCUGGGUUGCUUGGGGUUGCUGUCGUUGGUGUAUCUACCUACUAUUGCAUGCUCCUACUUGUUACGUGCAGAGAAAGUUUGGCUUCAGAAGAAACAUUAGGGGAAUCAAUAACAUAUGGAGAGCUGGGUUAUAGGGCCUUCGGAAAGACGGGUCGGUUUGUGACAGAAGUUAUAAUUGUGGUAGCACAAUGUGCAGGGUCCAUUGCUUAUUUGGUAUUUAUUGGACAAAACAUUGAUUCUGUAUUCCCAGACCUAGGACUAUCAUUAGCCUCCUACGUAUUUAUGUUAGUGCCAGUUGAAAUUGGAUUGACUUGGAUAGGGAGCUUAUCUGCUUUAGCUCCUUUUAGCAUUUUUGCUGAUGUGUGCAAUGUAUUAGCUAUGGGAAUUGUAGUGAAGGAAGAUGUACAACUGGCCAUAGAGGGGGGAUUUUCAUUUGGAGAAAGGACAACAAUCACAUCCAAUAUUGGGGGGUUGCCAUUUGCAGCAGGCAUGGCCAUUUUUUGCUUUGAGGGGUUUGGAAUGACACUUGCCCUGGAGAAUUCUAUGCAGGAUAGAGCUAAAUUCCCCAUAUUGUUGGCUCAGACUUUUGGUGGGAUAACACUUGUGUACAUUCUUUUUGGCUUUAGCGGUUACAUGGCUUUUGGUGAAGAAACUAGAGACAUUGUGACCCUCAAUCUCCCUAGAAAUUGGUCAUCUAUUGCAGUGCAGGUAGGAUUAUGUCUAGGGCUUAUGUUCACAUUUCCAAUCAUGUUACACCCAGUUAACGAGAUUGUGGAAGAAAAACUCACAAAAAUCAUCUGCAGAAACAAUUAUGAUUCAACGAGACUGAGAAGUGUUGACAUAUAUAUCAGUCGUGCGAUUGUGGUGGUUGUGCUAGCAGUUGUGGCUUCAUUCGUGCCACAAUUUGGUAUAUUCGCCUCAUUUGUUGGGAGUACCUUAUGUGCCAUGCUCUCGUUUGUUUUGCCAGCCACAUUUCACCUAAAAUUAUUUGGCUCCUCUCUACGAUUCUGGCAAAAAGCCUUGGAUUCUAUUGUAUUAUUCUGUGGAUUAUUUUUUGCUGUUUAUGGCACUUACAACGCAAUAGUUGGAGUUUGAUGCAUCUAUACAUGUAUUUUACUUUGAUGAACCUUUUAUACAACUCCGUUCGUGAUUUUUAUGCAAAUAAGCGUUACAGUUAAUUUGUAUAAUUCCGAGUGCUUGGGCGAGUUGUGAUCCUAUUUACAUUUUUCAGUUCCACAGAAUCUUAAUUG